AUGUCAACGUCGUCUCUCAAACUCUGCGGAGAAAUAACCGGCUCCCAACUUGACGAGAUCUAUCAGUUCGCAAUUGAUCUCGGCAAAAAAGCCGGAAUGAAAUUGAUGGACGGCAUACACGCAAGGGUCGGUGGCACUAUAUCAGAAAUAUCAUCAAGCGUUGCGAGCAAUGCGAAUAUGACGAGCAACUUGGCUUUCGAAGAAAAGGACAAUGCGGUUGAUAUUGUCACGCAGGUUGAUGAGGAUGUUGAACGGUUCAUACACGAGUCUAUCUCGGCCAAGUAUCCAAGUCAUAAAUUCAUCGGCGAGGAAACCUAUGCGAAAACAUCGUCCUCUGCUCGAGAAUACCUCAUAACCUCGGAUCCUACGUGGUGUGUCGAUCCCCUCGACGGUACAGUCAACUAUACGCAUAUGUUCCCCAUGUUCUGCGUGAGCAUUGCUUUUAUUGUCGGACGAAAACCAGUUAUCGGGGUGAUCUACGCGCCAAUGCUCAACCAGCUCUUCUCAGCUUGCAUUGGUCGUGGCGCCUGGCUGAACGAAACCACCCGUUUACCCUUGGUUGGGAACGUUAGGAAUAAUACUGCAAACCAUAAUAAAGACCACUUCAAAAUUCCAGCCAUGCCUGAGAAUGCCCCAAGCAAAUGUAUAUUUUCUUGUGAAUGGGGCAAAGAUCGUCGAAACGUUCCUGGAGGUAAUCUGCGAAAGAAGAUUGACAGUUUCGUAAACAUGGCAGCGGAAAAAGGUGGAGAGAAUGCUGAUGGGUUAAGAGGAAUGGUACAUGGUGUGAGAAGUCUGGGAAGUGCGACUCUCGACCUGGCAUAUACGGCUAUGGGCUCGGUGGAUAUCUGGUGGGAAGGAGGAUGCUGGGAGUGGGAUGUCGCUGCUGGUAUUGCGAUUUUAUUAGAAGCCGGAGGGUUAAUAACCACGGCCAACCCGCCGGAAGAUCCAGAUACGGCACCGAUUGAGGAUGUCAGGCUCGGAAGCCGGUUGUAUUUGGCUAUCAGACCUGCCGGGCCAUCGGCAACAGAAACAGGUCGAGAGUCACAGGAGCGUACUGUACGUGAAGUAUGGAAGCGUGUCAAGCAUCUCGACUAUACCAGGCCUGGCGCGUGA